CGUCAGAUCACCACGGCCUUCCUUCUUCUAGACAGUUCUUGGGGCAUCCUGCUACUCCCUUCUAGCGUCAUUCCCAUCCUUCCCUUCUCCCCCGUGAAACCUUGGCACCACCGAGGGAAUUCGGCGAUUCGCGACCAAUCUGCACUACACCACCAGCUCUCCGCGCCAUGGCGGACCCGGCCGCUCCUCGCUCCACCGUCCUCGUCACUGGCGCCGGCGGCCGUACAGGCCAAAUCGUCUUCAACAAGCUCAAGGAGAGAUCCGACCAGUUCGUCGCGAGGGGGCUAGUGAGGACAGAGGAGAGUAAGCAGAAGAUAGGAGGAGCAGAUGACGUUUAUGUUGCUGAUAUCAGGGAGGCAGAUAGCGUCGUGCCCGCUGUUCAAGGUGUCGACGCUCUCGUGAUCCUCACCAGUGCCACCCCGAAGAUGAAACCAGGAUUCGACCCCAGCAAAGGCGGUAGGCCUGAGUUCUACUAUGAAGAUGGGGCGUAUCCGGAACAGGUGGAUUGGAUUGGACAAAAGAACCAGAUUGAUGCAGCCAAAGCAGCUGGUGUGAAGCACAUAGUGUUAGUGGGAUCUAUGGGAGGAACAAAUCCUAACCAUCCACUUAACAGCCUUGGCAAUGGCAAUAUAUUGGUCUGGAAGCGCAAGUCUGAACAGUAUCUGGCAGACAGUGGAGUUCCUUAUACAAUAGUAAGGCCUGGUGGUUUGCAAGAUAAAGAUGGGGGCGUGAGGGAGCUGAUUGUUGGGAAGGAUGAUGAGCUUCUCCAGACUGACACCAAGGCAAUUCCUAGGGCUGAUGUGGCUGAAGUUUGUGUUCAGGCCCUGCAGUAUGAAGAGACAAAGUUCAAGGCGUUUGAUUUGGCCUCAAAGCCUGAAGGUGUGGGCACGCCAACGAAAGAUUUCAAGGCGCUGUUCUCCCAGGUCACCUCUCGGUUUUGAGUUAUCUAUCAUAUCAAGGAGCAUACUCGCAUUUCCACAUUUUUUUAGGCUCGUCUUGGAUAUGGAUGUCUAGCUGGGUAGCUUUGUGCAUGAUGAUGAUGAUGAUGCAGUGUGGUGUACUUACACAAUCGUUGUAUCAAACUUGCUAGAAAAAUGUCACCAAACAGUUCAAAAACACAUUGCCACAGCUUUAUAGGACGGUGCAAAUCGUUGUAUCAAACUUGCUAGAAAAAUGUCACCAAACAGUUCAAAAACA